AUGACAAAUGCCAAUAAUUUGAGGUUUGCAGUUAAACAUCUCUACAAGCAGGUCAGAUAAAUGUCCUACAUGAAGUGUAUCCACUAAAACCCAAUUGUAAGAAAGAGUUAAAAAAAAACACUUAGAUAAAUUGCCCUCAGGUUCAUGGCACAAAACUGUUUUGCUUUUGACCUUAAUCGUUAAUCUCCCAGGAGUGAUAGACAUGUAACUUCUCCCCACAAUAUCCAUACAUUACCCAGUGAACAGGUUAGGAGAAUACUCAGACCUAUCAGGUAGAGGUUGUUAUCUUUAUCUCAGACCAAAUUCUUGUACCUAAUUUGUAAGAAAAUGAGUAGCAGCUAAAUGUUAGAAUUAAAAUCAGACCUUAGGUGUUAAAAGGUUAAUCUACUUGAUGGUUAUUUUUCUGGUGGAAAGUCCCAGCCAGGCUUAACCCUUAAAACCCAAAGAGUGAUCAGCAUUCAAUUUCUCCCCACAAUAGUAAUGCUGAAUCAUUUAUUGAGAGCACAAGAAUGGAGAGAAUGAUCACUAGCCUAAGAGGCUUUGAUUGUUUAACAUAUUCUCCUUGUCAGUAGUUAAGAAAAUGUAUAGAGAAUGGUAUAGAGAACAUGGAUACUGAUUGUAGAUAGAAAUAGUAGAGAUGGUAAGUUUUGUCUCACACUCAUCCAACGCUCGUGAAAAGACGAAAAAACAUAUUUCUUAAUUCUUUACCAAGCUCAAAACUUGCCAUCUCUACAAAAAAGUUGAGGUCAAUUCUUAUGAUGUUAGUUCAGAGAAUUUGGUAAUGGAUUAACUAAUAAUCCCUAAUUGAUAUUGUUUAUUUUCAAUACUUGUCUGCUUGAUAUUGUGUUAAUUUUAUAUAGUAUGGAGAAAUUAUGUCUCGGUCACUCAUGGGAGUUCAGAGGUUAAGGUGUGGUGUCAUUUUGCAGCAGAGAAGCUUUUUUGUGAAAGAUUUACCCACUUUCUUUACACAGAACCAAUGAGUCAAAUACAACUCAAUGCUUCAUAGGAGAAUAUUUCACUUGUCUAGUUACUCACAGUAUAGCUGGUUAGAGGUUGCUGAUCUUUUUCCUUUCUUUACAGUUAUUGUUUCUUGGAAGAGAUUAUCCAGCAGGAGAAAAGUAUUUUAAAUCCAAACUUAAACAAGCAUUUAUGAAAAACAGGGAUGAAACAGACCCUGAGAAGAUUAAGAUGUUGAUUGCCAGAGGAGAAUAUGUCAUCAAAGAGGUUGAAGCUUUGUACAUGUUACGAAAAUACAGGACUUUAAAGCAGCGAUACUAUGGAGACCAAUAAUGGCAUAAAACAUUGGCCAUUAGAAUGCUAAAUCAAAAUUUUCAGUGAUAGAUGCUCUUGCUUCAGGCUUAAUGACUAUGUAACUGCUUUGAGUGGUUAUUUCAGUUGUACAUAGUUUGAACUUCAGUUGUUCUAACUAUACAUGGCUGCAAAAAUUUCUUAAUAUAAUUUUGUAUAAGGGUUUUAAGUCAUGGCAACUUCUGCAUCAUCUAGUAAAGUAAUUUUUUGGAAUUCCUAUUUUGUUGGUUUAUGGAAUAGUGUCACAGAGGCUUUUUUUGGAGAGAACUGCUAAGGAGUUGCAGUGAGUUGCUGAUGAAAAAGAAGACUUUGUCACACUUUUGGAAAACAUUUGUGUCUGAAGAGUUAAAAGUUGUCAUUAUGACAUUUAAAUGACAGAUAAAGCUAACCACAAGGACAGUGUCAAUUGUAAACCAGUUUUCAUGUAGACAGUGCAUAUAUCCAUGCCAUAGGUAUCAGCUGGUAGCUUAAAAAGGUUGGAGAAGUGAUACACUGCUUCAGCAUUGUGUGACAUGAACAGGGUAUGCAUGUUACUCAAUCCUUAUAUGUUCCUCUAUCCCUAACUGGAGAAUGUGAAACCACCUUAUGACUCUUCCAAUGUCGAACCACUGACUAACAGCUCUGCAACAAAAAGGCCUUUGAAAGGCUCAGAUCACAGCUUAGAUUUGACCUUUUGUCAGUGAGGAUGGAAAUGGUAUUGAGUGGUACUCUUUUUCGCUGUUGGGAAUACUGAGGCAGAAUUAAAAUGAGAAACUGGGAUCAUGAUCAGGAAAAUGGGAUUUGUGCCAAGACCAGUUUUUAAAUCACAGUUUGUGCACCUCAAAAAUUGAGGCUUAAAUUUUUGGAGUUCAUCACUUGCAAUCGCUUUUAGAACAGUUAUCUAGUGAGUGUCCAAAGUGAGGGGGGUUUUAAUUAACUUUCCUCUGUGAUUGGUCCAGAAAACUCGCGCCAUCUUCUCAACCAAUCAUGCAAUUUUUUAAAAAAAUGGCGACUUGGUCAUUCUCGUUUUCCCGCGCUUUAGGCAGUUUGCAUGUUUUCACUCCUAGUUCUCAUUGGCUAAUGGGAAUGGAAGUCUUUGCUCUGACGAAGGGUUAACGCUCGAAACUUAAGCUCUGAAACUCUUUACGGUAACCAAUUUACAUUAUCAACCCAGUAGUACGACACAACUGCCUUUUGCUUUAUUGGUAACUGCUCUAUCUAAUUUUUUUUAAUCAAAGAUUUUAAUUAACAACACUAC